AUGUGUGUGAGAAGUGAGGUUAGGUAAUGCGUUAUUUCGGGUUUUAGUGUGAAAAUUUCAUCACAGUGAACGUGGCUCAAAAUGAGUGAAAGUUGGGAAGAAAAAAAGCACCUAAUCACCCGGAAUUUGCAGGAGACAUUGGGUGAGGAUAAGCUGGUGCAAUUCCUGAAGGAAGGGCGUGAUGUUAGAAUCUACUGGGGAACAGCAACAACGGGAAAACCCCAUGUUGCCUACUUUGUGCCCAUGUCCAAAAUUGCGGACUUCCUGAAGGCUGGAUGCGAGGUGACGAUCCUCUUUGCUGACCUUCACGCCUACUUGGAUAACAUGAAAGCCCCCUGGGCACUGCUGGAGCUCCGUGUGAAGUACUACGAGGCAGCAAUAAAGGCAAUGCUGCAAUCCAUUGAUGUGCCCCUGGAUAAGCUAAAAUUCGUCAAGGGGACAGACUAUCAGCUGUCCAAGGAGUACACACUGGAUGUGUACAGAUUGACCUCAAUGGUGACGCAACACGAUGCAAAGAAAGCCGGUGCAGAGGUGGUUAAGCAAGUGGAGUACCCCCUCCUCUCUGGGCUCCUCUACCCUGGUCUCCAGGCACUCGAUGAGGAAUACCUCAAAGUUGAUGCUCAGUUCGGGGGUGUAGAUCAGCGGAAGAUCUUCACGCUGGCCGAAAAGUACCUCCCACAGUUGGGCUAUGCGAAGAGGAUUCACCUGAUGAAUCCCAUGGUUCCGGGACUUGCGGGUGGGAAGAUGUCAUCGUCGGAGGAAGAUUCCAAAAUUGAUCUUCUCGACACGCCAGCUACGGUGAAGAAGAAACUCAAGCGAGCCUUCUGUGAACCCGGAAAUAUUCAGGACAAUGGAUUGCUCUCCUUUGUAAAGCACGUCCUGUUCUCACUCUUCCCGGACGGUGAGGGUUUUCUCGUGACACGUAAACCCGACUUUGGCGGUGACACCACUUAUGCCACAUAUGAGGAACUUGAGGUGGCUUUUGCAAAGGAAGAAGUUCAUCCGGGUGAUCUCAAGGAAGCCGUUGAGCGCUACAUUAAUCGCCUUCUAGAUCCCAUCCGGAAGACUUUUGAGAGUCCUGAACUCAAGAAACUCUCAGAGGAGGCCUACCCAGUGCCGGGAAAGGCAAAGAAUGCCUCCAAAGCACCGCAAGCUGAGAUGGAAGAUGGCCCCCAUCGAUUGGAUAUGCGCGUUGGGCGUGUUGUUGAGGUGAAAAAGCAUCCGGAUGCUGACACGUUGUACGUGGAGUCCAUUGAUGUGGGUGAGCCAACGCCAAGGACCAUCGUGAGUGGUUUGGCGAACUUUGUGCCCCUCGAGGAGAUGCAGAAUCGUCUUGUUGUCGUCCUUUGCAAUCUCAAGGCAGCCAAGAUGCGUGGUGUUGAAUCUCGUGGGAUGGUUCUCUGCACCUCCAAUGCUGAUCACACAGACGUCGAGCCACUCUGUGUCCCCGCGACAUCUCAGCCAGGCGACCGGGUGACCGUUGAAGGCUUCUCCGGGCAGCCGGAUGAGCAGCUCAAUCCCAAAAAGAAAGUCUGGGAGCGCCUUCAAACUGAUCUAAAAACCAACGCCGCCGGGGAAGCCACAUGGCAGGACAAUGUGCUCACUACACCGGCUGGGCGGGUCACGAGUCGACUCACGUGCGCCACGAUCAAAUAAAUUCUCUUUUUGCAUUUUUCCGCCACACCUUAAAACAAAUUUUUAUGAAUAAAUAAAAAUUCUCCGAAAUGCA